AUGCCUCUCUCACCCCUCCCUCUCCCCCUCCCUCUUCCCAGCCACAUCACCGACUACAACGAAAGAAAACAUGGCACCUACAUCGGCCUUCGACACGGCUGCGACGUCUUCCAGAAACGCCUGGGAACAUGGUACCGCUUCUCAUACGCCGAGAACAUCAGACAAACGGACCAGACAUGCGAACUGAACUGGAAGGCAGUGUGGGUGUAUCACGCCAAGCCAGGCUUUCAAGUCACAGCGCCAUUGGGCAUGCAGCCGGACGAAGGAAAAAUAUGGGCGCAGAAGCAGAUGGAGAUGAAGGAUCCGAAUUCUGAUGGAGUGCUGGGGGGCGUUCUGAAUACUGAGCCGUGUUCGCCGGUUAUAAGGACUUUGUUUGGCGCGCCGGAGACGAGGCAGGGAGCUAGAUGGUUGCGGGAUGUCGAUAGGAAGUUGGAGAUGUGGGCGGCGUUCAAUCCGAAGCGGGCUGUUCAGGAGAAAAAGUCUAGUCUGCGGAGUGGGAAGGCGAAGGGGACGACAUCUAACGGGCCUACGGGGAAGAAGAGAGGGAAUACUAAAACUGGCAGGGUACAGAAAAAAGAGAAGAAGUUGAGCACGGUGAAGAAGAGUCGCGAGACGGGGCAUCGUAGCAAGCGCGUUGCUGGAAAAUGA